CAAAAUUCUAACAACCGAAUACCCGUCGCGAAGCGCCGGCAUCACACCGGUUAAAAUAAAAAUUAAAACAACCCUAAACUAAACUAAAGCAGCCGCCGUCGUCCUCUUGUCUAUCUCCUCCAUCUUCCAAACCUAAAAAACAAACAGCCGACUGAGAGAUCUUCUUUCAUUCAUUUUACGAUUCAGCAGGGAGGGAGGGAAGGGAAGGUUCAAUCAGCCAGCAAGCAAGCAAGCAGGUAGAAAUAUUGCGGCGAAUCCACCAUGAUGGAGAGGUGAACAGAGCUCGUUAUAUGCCCCAAGAUCCUUUUGUUAUUGCCACCAAAACAAUAAGUUCAGAAGUGCAUGUAUUUGACUACAAGAAUCAUCCAGCUAGACCUCCUAUUGGUGGCAGAAGCAAUCCCGACUUAAGAUUAACGGGCCACUGCAGGGAAGGGUUUGGAUUAUCGUGGAGUAAAAUAAAUCGGGGUUUUUUAUUAAGCGGAUCUGAUGAUGAGAAAAUCUGCUUGUGGGACAUUAAUCAGGUCCCACUGAAUAAGGCUAUAAUAGGUGCUUUGCAAACGUUCAAGGUUCAUGAAGGUUCCGUAGAAGACGUAGCAUGGCAUUUGAAGCAUUGCUACCUGUUUGGAUCAUGUGGCCGUGACGGAUAUUUGCACAUAUUUGAUUUACGAACUCCAUGCUUCACCAGGCCUGCUCGAAGUAUAAUAGCUCACCAAAGGGGGAUCAACUGCUUGUCCUUCAAUCCUUUUAAUGAGUGGCUGGUGGCAACGGGGUCCCCCGACAACACUGUGAAGUGCUUUGAUUUGAGAAAACUUGCUGGUCCUCUCCAUACCUUUAAUCAGCACAGAGAUGAGGUGAGUCAGAUUGGGUGGAGCCCACACAGUGAGAAUAUCUUAGCUUCUAGUUGUGUUGGUCGACGAGUCAUGAUAUGGGAUACUCAUAGGAUUGGGAGGGAACAAUCUGCAGCAAGGGAGCCGCCAGAGUUGUUGUUCACCCAUGGUGGGCAUACUUCGAGAGUUGGUGAUUUGUCAUGGAACCCGACUGAAGAUAGGAUGAUUGCUAGUGUUUCUAAUGAUAACACACUCCAAGUCUGGAAGAUGUCUGACCAUAUUUACAGUGACUAAUUUAACAGAUGCACAAUUGAAUGAACCAAUUGACUUUUAAGUCUUUCAUUUUUAGGACAAGUUACCUUAAAACCUACCCCAACUGUGGGGUAUGAUACUCUAUUAGGUAAUGGUAGUUUACUAGUUUUACAUAUCCAACAACCAUGUUUCAAA